CAAGAUUAAUUAAAAAAUUUAUUAAAAUACUAAUUUAGAUAAUGGUACCGAGAGCAUGCACUAAAUAUUUAAAGUAAAUUUAAAAUUAAAUUAUUUGAAAGUGUGGGAUCCAACUUCACCGUGAUCGUGACUCGAAAUCUAUCGCGUAAAACAAUGACGUCAGUUCUCUAAUAUACCUGCAUAUAUAUAAGUAUAUACAUAUAUAAUAAACCAGCUCAAGUCCUUUUAAUCAAUUUAAUUUGAACUUUUGUCGUUCGCCAGGACGAUGGCGAUCAAUCUGUGGCUGUUACUCCCAUCCGUCUUUCUUCAGAUUUAUGUCUUGGGAAAAAUUAACGUUUUCCCAACAACAAGAGAGGUCACGCUAAAAAAAAUUCACAGGCCAGGGUACGACAGGGUAAAAGUAAGACGACCCCAGACAAAAUUAUUACGUAGUUGGCGUUGCGCAUUGGCGCAGUUGGUCUACACACCCCCGACACACAUCCUCGUGGGGGCUCGUGCUCUACGUGGGGGCUGCCUUUCACUUUUUUAUCUUUAUCGCGCCCUCGCAGUCGACAUUAGUUUUGAUCUCGUAUUAUAAGACUCAAUCCUUCGUCCAAGUCAAGUUUUCAUUCAUAAAUUUAACUUCGCAUACUCAAACUUCACACGUAAACUUAACUUUACUUUAAAAUAAACAACUGUUUGUUCAAACAAGUUAUGAAGCUCCAAAAUAUGAUAUGUGAUAAAUUUAAAUUUACUCAUAUCCGCGAUUCCGCGUUACUCACUCAUAUUUUCUUUGUACCGAGAGACUCAAACUACCGUAAACAACUUUGUAUGUUAUGGUUUUAAUUACUUUUAUCUCAGUAAUUUCAUUUAAUUUUAGUGAAGAAAAAUAAUUAUUAAUAAAUAAAAUAAAUUUUUAACUUGGAGUUUAUUAAAUGUCAGUCUUAAAAUAACUAAACAGUUAAUACUGUACGUUUAUCUUUUAAAUUUAUUCGUUGACGAGGAAAAUCAAUAUAGAGUAUGUGUUAAAAAUGGAUCAAAUAAACUCAACUAACGCGCGGAAUAUUUUUAAAUUGCUAUAAAUUUGUUAAUAUUAUUGUUAUUAUGAUUAAAUAGAUAAUCUGUGAUAUUCAAAAGUGAACAAAGUGAUAAAUGUUAUAUUUUAUUGAGCAACAAUAAAUUUAUAUUGUAUUUAAUUUAAUUGUAUUGAGUAAUGAUGUGAUAAAAAAUUACUCUUAUUCCAGUUGAAUUGACGAGACAAUCUAUUGCUUUUGUUACGAAUUAUAUUUAUUUUCAAAUCUGGAUAUUUAACUCAUUAUCAGUUUAACUGUUGGUUUAAUUUAUUUAUUGUAGUAAAUUACGGACGGUAGUUGAUUGAUUUAUUAAUUAAUGUUGUUUGUAGUUAGAUGAACUGAGUGAAAAAAAAAUAUUUUGAAUGACUCGUCCGUCAAAUAAUUUUCAGUACCCGAAAAUAAAGCGAGAAAUGACCGGUGACACGGGAUUUGGUCUUGGGGUCGGAGUGGCAAGUGGUUCUGGACUUGCUGCAGCACAACAAGGUCAGGGUGUUGCAGCUUUGCUGGUGAUGUUGGCCGUUCUCUGCUUUAUAUUUGCGUACUGCUGCUGGGGCGCGCCUUUUUGCCGAUCUCUCUGUCGCAGGCACUGCUGCUGUCGACUGGAGGAUCCGGAGCUUGACCCGCGGUUUGGCAACAGUGAUCAGGCGAUGGUUGCUACUCCGACAAUUAUUUUAUUACCUCACGGUAGAAUGCUGGUUGUUGAUGGAAAUAUUUUUAGUCAAUUUCAAGCUGAUACUACUGGCCUAGACCUAGUGGAAUUGGGUGAAAAUGUAUUAAGAGCACAACGUAACUCACGAUACGUAAAUCGUCAUCAUUUGUCACAUAAUAGUCAAGGCAGUAUGUUAGAAAUGGAUGCCGAGACACCGAGUAAAGACAGCAUUGGAUCUGUCGGAUGUUUUCCACCGCCGACAUAUGAAAGUAUUUACGGUAAAGAGGAAGGCGACAUGCCGCCAUCAUACUCAGACAUUAUUCUACACAGAUUUGCGAAUCUGCCUUACGAAAUAGAUUUGCAAGAUUACUGCAACGACAAAGAAGAAAUAGAAAUGCGUAGUCUUGAUAAUUGCUCACAUAUCAUAACGAAUCCAAUGAACACUGUGACUUAUCAUCCGUACGCAACGAUAACGUCAUUUUCAAGUCAAAAUUAUUCCCGUAAUCUUACGAAUAAUAAUAAUUCAAGGCACAAUCAACCCGGAACAACGACCGACAGUUUUUACAUUGAAAACGAACUAAAUAAUAUUUACACGAUAAACAGUAACAUUAAUAGUAACAAUCAACAAAAUGGAAACAUAAAUAAUAAUAAUAACCCGACCAAUAAUAGAAAUUUUUACGUAAUGACCAAUGGAAAUCUCUACCGUCAAAACGCAUCACGAGGAUUUAUUUCAAAUGAAGAAUUGCACAGACACUUCAGUGAUACUAAUAAUUUAAGCAAUUUAAAUGUCGCAUUGUCCAGUGAGACUGUUGACACUCAACCGCAGACUGCGGUCGUUGAUGUCAAUGCUACUGAGAGGCGAGCUGGUGAAACCAGCGCUAGUGGAGUAGACAAUUUAAUUAAUUCUAAUUCUAACUCUAAUUCUAAUCCUAAUUCUAAUCAAGUUGUCAAUGUAAUUAGUGAUAACGUUAAUCCAAAUGCACGCAAUCAUCCUGAGCAUGGAGCCAGAGCUAAUCAGAGACGUGAUAGACACCGUGAUAUUGAUAUGGACGAAGAGAAUAAUAAUUUUGUAACACUUGCUGAUAUUCGUGAAAGCCGCGUGUGAUUUGUAAUUAUAAA